GCCAGCAUUGUACCACGGAGGGACGAACGUAUCCCGCGGUUAUUAAUGCAGCAAGUCAUUUUACGGCGACCACAGAAGUGACGCAAAUCAAUUGAAAACCAUGAGGCGCCUCGGCGUGCUAUUUUUUCUUCUCGCUGCUUACCUGACAAACGUUGACUUUUUCGUGGAGUGUCGAAAGAAGAAGAAAAAGCCCACAGCCGUGGCAACGUCGGGGGACGACGGUGGCGAUGUAGCUGGGGAAAAUUCGGAUUCGCAAGGUAACUGACUCUGUGCCAAAAUGAAAAAUGUUUAUUCAUUGCGUUGGUUUGACAUUAUCAGUAACACUUUUGGUUCUGCAGGAGGUUGAGGUGACAAGAAAAUGAAAAAGAAGUAACGAGGAGCAGCAAACUGCUCAAUUUGCAACACAGUUGCGACAGCUCGCAAAAAUGUUGCGCAUCUUCAAUCCGCCAUACUGCUAAAUUCAUUACACAUUCAAGUCAUAUGAUACAAAAACCGCGACAGGCUUUCUCGAGUCCGGGCGUAAGAAACACAAGAAGAAAAAGAAGAAGUCCAAGAAGCAACAGUUUCUGGAGGAGAAAAAACAGCGCAAGAAGGAGCGGGAGCGCGUGAAGAAGGUGAGGAAGAACCGGAAGGGGAAGCGGAGGCACAAGACCGCACUGGAAAAGAUCCAGUACUGCUUGCACUAUGCGGGCAACGGAAAGUGCGGGGAGCUGCAGCAUGCGAUUCCGCUCUAGGACGAGGAGAUCUUUGGAUUCGGUGGUGCUGUGGGCAAACGAAGUAGAAGCAGCGUACUAGGGACCACACAAUGAUGGGUGGAGGCCGAGGUGGGGGAGGCGAGUUUUGAAUUGAUAAGAUUAGCCGCAUCAAGACGUCGCAGAGAUACUGAGAAGAAAUUUUUGUUUUCUGAUGUAGGUUUCGUUGGUGGUGAAGAAAGCUUUCGCGCAGCGUAAGAUUGAUGAAUUUGAAUAAGAAUAGGUACAUAAAAUUUCUGUGAAGGAGCCAGCUUAGGAUUUUUUUAUUGUUGAUGAUCAAGUUCAAGCCGCAGCAGCAGCCGGGCGCUGGAAAAAUAAAAUUUCAUUAUGAUAAUGAGAUGGCAGGUGAAGUAGAAGUAGUGCCAGCUUUCCUAGAGCUGUGUACUAUGGUGAGUUGAUGAACGCUAUCUGUAGAUUCACCAAGUGAAAGGGAAAGAAGGAUAGAAGCAAAUGGAAUGGUGCCGGACGCUGUGCUUGGUGGGGUCGAUGUGACGACGACGUAAAAGUAGUUGUGUCUUCAUUGCUGAAAAACCCAAACUGCAAAUUUGCUUGAAGCUGUUGACUCACGGGCAAGCUCAGGCUUCGAUAUCUGCUGCUUGCGACUCGUCUG